CUGAAAGAGCUCUGUGUAUUUUGUGGAAAUACCAAUGUUUUGGGACAGCAAGGUGUGCAAGUCACGUGUUCCGGGGAUGCAACUCUUAAUUCUAGUGUCCACCAUGUCUAGUUGUUAUUAAUUCCAAUUUUUUUGUUUUUAAUUUUGCAGGAAAUUAAAGAGUUCGAGGAAAGCUUUCCAAGGGGAGUUUUCUGGGAAGGAAACAGUUUUUGUGUGUUUGGUUUUGUUUGUUUUUUUAAAUGAAGAAGACCACCUAACGUUUCUGUGGUAGAGUAACUUGCCUUCCUGCAGCACGGGAGGAAUUCUUUCCUGCGUUACAAAUCUGGAGGAAGCAUUAAAAUACAAGAGUCGGAAAAUGGUUCUCCCAAAGAGGUGUGGAUGUAUUGGGAUGUAGCUACUGUACAAAGGUCAUACUUGGAUGGUUCUGGAUAGGAAAAAGGACCCUUCCCUGACCUCCUGAAGAGGCUGCCAUCCCUCCAGCCUCAGCAUAAUGAAUGGUUUCCAUCACGGGGUGCUGAAGUCGCCUCCUCCAACUACUCUGCUUCACAGAAGAGUUUGUAAGAGUUACAAAGGAAGUAACUCCUGCUAAAGGCAUUAAACCAAACAAAAGGGGCUCUUCAUUCACAGACUUUACAUGAGGACACACAUAGAGGGAAGCUGAAGCUUUUCUACGCCCUGGCCUGGUGUGCUUAUGUACCAUGAUAAAUCUUGGUUGGAAUGCUCAUUGAGCGCCGUGCCAGGAGCCAGGGAACACACACCACCAACAGGGACCAUCUGAGUAAACACCUCCAAGGACAAAACUGCUCCAUGGAGUAAACCCUGAGAGUGACUGGAGAGAAAGACAUUCCUUUAUUGGAUAUCCUCAAGCACAAAACUUACUCGUACCCUUAAAUACGAUUUGUUGAAGAUCAGAACUGUAUACAAAUCUCAUCAUUCCUGACCAUGAUUAGUGUAACCUGGAGCAUCUUCCUAGUUUGGACUAAAAUAGGGCUGUUACUUGACAUGGCACCUUGUUCUGUUAGUGCCAAGCCAUGCCCUUCAGUUUGUCGCUGUGAUGUGGGUUUCAUAUAUUGUAAUGAUCGCGAUUUGACGUCUAUUCCUACAGGAAUCCCAGAGGAUGCAACCACCCUCUUCCUUCAGAACAAUCAAAUAAAUAAUGCUGGGAUUCCUUCAGAACUGAAGAACUUGCUUAGGGUGGAAAGAAUAUAUUUAUACCACAACAGCCUAGAUGAAUUCCCCACUAACCUCCCUAAGUAUGUUAAGGAACUGCAUUUGCAGGAGAAUAAUAUAAGGACCAUUACUUAUGAUUCACUUUCCAAAAUUCCUUAUCUGGAAGAACUGCAUUUGGAUGAUAAUUCCGUUUCUGCCGUUAGCAUCGAGGAUGGAGCUUUCCGGGACAACAUCUAUCUCAGACUUCUUUUCCUCUCUCGAAAUCACCUCAGCACCAUCCCCUGGGGUUUGCCUAAAACCAUAGAAGAGCUACGCUUGGAUGAUAAUCGUAUUUCCACGAUUUCUGAGCUGUCCCUUCAAGACCUUACAAAUCUAAAACGCCUUGUUUUAGACGGAAAUCUUCUAAACAAUCAUGGACUGGGAGACAAAGUCUUCAUGAACCUAGUCAAUCUCACAGAGCUGUCGCUGGUCCGCAAUUCCCUCACAGCGGCGCCGGUAAAUUUGCCAGGAACAAACCUAAGGAAGCUUUAUCUCCAAGAGAACCACAUCAACCGUGUGCCACCCAAUGCUUUCUCUUACUUACGGCAGCUGUACCGACUGGACAUGUCCAACAACAAUCUCAGCAAUUUACCUCAGGGUGUCUUUGAUGACCUGGACAACAUCACCCAGCUCUUCCUUCGCAACAACCCUUGGCACUGCGGGUGCAAAAUGAAGUGGGUGCGGGACUGGUUGCAGUCAUUGCCUCUAAAAGUGAACGUGCGUGGACUGAUGUGCCAGGCACCCGAAAAAGUGCGCGGGAUGGCCAUCAAGGACCUCAGCGCGGAGCUGUUUGAUUGUAAGGACGACGGUGUGAUCAGCACCAUCCAAAUCACCACCGCGGUCCCGAACACGCUGUACCCGGCCCAGGGCCACUGGCCGGUGUCUGUGACCAAACAACCCGACAUCAAGACUCCCAACCUAAAUAAAAACUACAGAACCACAGCGAGCCCGGUACGCAAAAUCAUCACCAUCUUUGUGAAAUCUGUCAGCACAGAGACCAUCCACAUCUCCUGGAAAGUUGCACUGCCGAUGACUGCUCUGAGACUGAGCUGGCUGAAGAUGGGCCACAGCCCUGCCUUUGGAUCUAUAACUGAGACCAUAGUUACGGGCGACAGAAACGACUAUUUGCUGACGGCUCUGGAGCCGGAAUCGCCGUACCGUGUGUGCAUGGUUCCCAUGGAAACCAGCAACAUCUAUCUCUCCGACGAAACGCCCGAGUGCAUCGAGACCGAGACGGCUCCUCUCAAGAUGUACAACCCCACCACCACCCUCAACCGGGAGCAGGAGAAAGAACCCUACAAAAACUCCAGCCUGCCCCUGGCCGCCAUCAUCGGCGGCGCAGUGGCGCUGGUGGCCAUCGCACUACUGGCCCUGGUGUGCUGGUACGUGCACAGGAACGGCUCCCUGUUCUCCCGGAACUGCGCCUACAGCAAGGGACGCCGGAGAAAGGACGACUACGCCGAAGCGGGAACCAAGAAGGACAACUCCAUCCUGGAAAUCAGGGAGACUUCUUUCCAGAUGAUACCCAUAACCAACGACCAAGUGUCCAAGGAGGAGUUUGUAAUACACACCAUUUUCCCGCCCAACGGCAUGAACCUGUACAAGAACAGCCACAGUGAAAGCAGUAGUAACAGGAGCUACAGAGACAGUGGUAUUCCAGAUUCAGAUCACUCACACUCAUGAUACUGAGGGGGACACGAAAGACUGCUUUGGGUUUUGUUGGUUUUUUUGGGUUUGUUUUGUUUUUUAAAGAAAAACGAGAAAAGACUGACUUAACAGUUGCUGUUCUACUGCAAAACACUGGAUUAAAAGACUGACAAAGCAAUGUACUGUACAUUUGCCAUAUAAUUUAUAUUUAAGAACUUUUUAUUAAAAGUUUCAAAUUUCAGGCUACUGCUGCGAUUAAUGUAGUGGGGAUACCUGACCACAAUUCUAUAUUUUAGUAUUUUUUAGUAAUUUGUACUGUAUUUUCCUUGCUAAUAUUGAAGUUACAGACCAUUUAACUUUUGUGUUCUACUGAGUAAGAUGACUUGUUGACUGUGAAAGUGAAUUUUCUUGCCGUGUUGAGCAGUCAGAACAUUCAUCUGAGAUCCUUGUAAGUGUAAGCACAGGCCAUUUUUCACUUUGGUAUCAAUAAAAUAAUGUUGAACCUGGCAAAUCAGGAAGAUCAAGAAGUGGUUGCAAAAACUCACAGAACUUUCAAUGUUGGGUCUAUUAAAUCUGUAAACCACGACAAUAUUCAAUAAACAAAAAUGUGUGUAGUAAUGGGCAAUAUCAGCUGUCUGGAUAUAUCCAUUCAACAAUGGUGAAAUCCAAUUUAAAAGCAAAUAAUCCAAUCGAUGACAUGCAUGAGACUGAAGCUUUUGACACGUGUUAAGAAAAAAAUUGAUCCCUAGAAGAAAACAAUCAAAUUCCUAACAAAGAAUUUAAAAAAAAAAAAAAGGAAAAAAAAAGAGUGCUAGGCUCUACAAACCAAGGGGGUA